UUCAGGCACACUGAGGUGCCAUGAGACCAGCAGCGCGGUGUAAUAAACCGUGAAGAGAAACACAUAUAACGCGUUAUGAUCGGUGCUGUGAGUGUGUGAGAGUGUGUGAGUGUGUGUGAGGCUGAACCCGGCAUCCUGAGGUGAAACAACAACGUCUUGUUCAGGGUGCAGAGGUGGUCGUGUGAGAAAGCGAUGUUGCUCUCUCUCGUCCCGUGCCUGCUUUGUCUUUCGGCUCUGUCGACCUUCCUUUUUGCACAGGAGAUCAAAACCACAAGAUGGCCGCUUUACUCCCAGAAGCCUCUGUUGCUGGUGUGGAACGCACCGACGGAGGACUGCACCCCGCGGCACAAAAUCAGUUUGCCGUUCAAUCUCUUCCAGAUUGUGGCCUACCCCACCGAAGGCUUUGUGCGCCAAAACCUCACCAUCUUUUACAAAGAGCGUUUGGGACUGUACCCUUAUUACAAACCUGACGGCACUCCUGUGAACGGAGGCCUGCCACAGCUCGCCAGCCUCACGCAGCAUUUAGACAAAAUUUCCAAAGAACUCCAGAAAUACAUCAACGAGACCACGGCGAAAGGGCUGGCCGUGUUCGACUGGGAGGAAUGGAGGCCGCUCUGGAUCCGCAACUGGGAUGGCAAAAAUAUUUACCGGGAAAAAUCCAAGAAGCUCAUACAGGAAAAGAAUCCCAGCUGGACGCCUGAACAGGUGAACAAAGUGGCUCAGCAGGAUUUUGAGCUCUCGGCACAAAGUUUCAUGCUGGAGACACUGCGCGCAGCCAAAAGCCACCGUCCCCAGCAGCUCUGGGGUUUUUACCUCUUCCCUGACUGCUAUAACCACAACUACCUCAGCAGCACUGACCUGAAGAACUACACCGGUCACUGUCCAGAAGUGGAGGUGAAACGCAACGACCAGCUGAAGUGGCUGUGGACCGAGAGCACGGCACUCUUCCCGUCCAUAUACUUGGGCCGCAGGCUGAAGGACCGAACCAUCGGCCGGCAGUUCGUCAGGAACCGCGUCAGAGAGGGCAUGAGACUGGCGUCUACUGGGAACGGAACCGCACGACCCGUGUUCGUCUACACACGACCCACAUACAAUAACGAGCUCACGCUGCUAACCGAGAUGGAUCUGAUCUCCACUAUAGGUGAAAGUGUGUCUCUGGGAGCCGCCGGUGUGAUCCUGUGGGGUGACUCUUCCUACGCCAGCAGUAGUGCGAGCUGCUCCAGUCUGAGGGAGUACCUCCGCUCCGGCGACCUCGGCCGCUACCUGCUUAACGUUUCUUCUGCGGCCGAGCAGUGCAGCGCGCAGCUGUGCGGAUGGCGAGGACGCUGCCUGCGCAGACUCCCCGACACGGACACCUACCUGCACCUGAGCACUCGCACACACACGAUGGAGCUGCGCGACGGUCGGCUCACCGUGCGAGGAAAAAUGGACCAGGACGAGCUGGCGGGGCUUAACAAAGACUUCCAGUGUCAGUGCUACACCGGCUACAAGGGUGAGAAGUGCUCACAGAGAUCAUCCGGAAACAGAGCAGGUCUCAGCCUGCAGGGGGCGCUGGUGCUAAUGCUGACACUUACAGUGACCAAAAACAGCCUGCUGUGCUGAUGCUAACACGGGUAAAGAGGAAGGAGGUGGACAGGAGAGAAUUAGAGAAUCUUCCUUCUCUUCUGCUUUCCAGCCAGCGUUUAGAUUAGUGCUGCCCCCUGCUGCACAGUGCCACGUAUUACACCAGGACAUAAUGAAACAGCAACAGCUGCAUUCAGGGAUCCUGAGCCGAAACCCGUGUUUCCACCGGUCAGGGUGAAGCUUUCAAAAUCUCCACACAGCACAGAGACCUUUUAUUGUUGUUACGACAGAUACGACAGGUAGCUGCUCAAAGACGUUUACGGCACGUCAGCAGAUUCGUUCGUUUAAAAGUCACAGUAAACCUGCUUCAGAAUAUUCAUUUGAACUUUUUAGCUCUGAAAUCCUCUGAAGUCGUGUUUAACAGCGGAACCGUGGACCAGGAGGAGAGCCGAGGAGUCGCGUCAGGAGACAGCAGACCUCCACGAUGGUGAGAAGGAACACGGUUGAGAUUAGACCCAAAGGUUCACCGCUGAUAACGAAGUGUUCUUUUGUGACGGCGUCGGUGGUUUACUGACCGCAGGAUCUCGUGUCUGACUGGACAACUGAAAGUGUUGUCCAGUCAGACACAUUUUUCAACAUUUUUCAACUUUGUCAUUUUUAUAUUUCUUUUGAGAAAAAUAAAAAUGACAAAGUUGAAAAAUGUUAUUUAUGUUUAUUCCCAAUGAGCAAUCCAGAGGCGAGUGACGAGGAAGAAACCUCAUCCUCAUCCUCAGAUUAUAAAUAGCGUCCUUUCUACAGCUGUUUAUAAUCGAGCGCAGUUGUGUAACCGCCCCCUGAUCUCCCCGUUAUUUUUAUCUCAGUAAAACACUGCAGUAUUUUACAAUCAUCAGCCAGCUCUAAUGUGGACGUGACAUGAGCAGCUGUGGGUGACGUAGAGAGUUUAUUACACCCGCACACGAGCAGUAACCGUCUCAGAAGCUUCGCGUCCCUGCAGAGUAACACGUGUGUGUAUCGUCUCUGUAUUACGAUGACUUUCUACACUUUUUUUCAGCUUUAACCUGCUGGAUUUUUUUCUCACAUAACUGUGUGAGUGGUGUUGAGGAUUUAACAGGUAAACAACGUACAGUGUAUUUUAAACAAAGACUACAGAAAACUACACACCUUAAUAUCCAGCCUGUGUCUGAUCAGAGGUGGAUCACUGCUGGAUGACGUCACACCAUUUCACACCGUCACAUUUCAUCAUAUACCAAAAGCACAAAGCCGGAGACCUCGUCCGCUUAGUUCGCCUUCGUCAUGUGGCACAGACUGGAAGAGAUUUAAGUGCCAUUUGUUUUUAGAGAUGUGUGUGUGUGUGUGUGUGUGUGUGUGUGUGUGUGUGUGUGAAUAUUUACCAGAAUGCAGCAGUUACCAGAUUUACUGUGUUUUCUGAACUACAUGACCGACAAAUUCUUUGCCUUAUGAAAUGAUUAUCACUGCCGAGUCACACCAGGUGUGUCUGUGUGUAGUGUGUGUAGUGUCUGUAUCUGUGUGUAGUGUCUGUAUCUGUGUGUAGUGUCUGUAUCUGUGUGUAGUGUCUGUAUCUGUGUGUAGUGUCUGUAUCUGUGUGUAGUGUCUGUAUCUGUGUGUGUGUCUGUAUCUGUGUGUGUGUCUCUAUGUCUGUGUGUCUCUAUGUCUGUGUGUCUCUAUGUCUGUGUGUGUCUCUGUCUGUGUGUGUCUCUGUCUGUGUGUGUCUCUGUGUCUGUCUGUGUAGUGUGUGGGUAUCUGUGUGUGUCUGUAUCUGUGUGUAUGUCUGUGUCUGUGUGUAUGUCUGUGUCUGUCUGUGUGUAGUGUGUGUCUGUGUGUGUAGUGUGUGUCUGUGUGUGUAGUGUGUGUCUGUGUGUGUAGUGUGUGUCUGUGUGUGUGUAGUGUCUGUAUCUGUGUGUGUGUCUGUGUGUGUGUGCUGGGUUUGGGGAGACACACUGCCUUUAGCCUGGUGUGUCUUAUGUCAAGUCAAUAAGUUAACAAUAAGUGCGUCUUACGUCGUCGGAGCGACUGAUCCGUUGUCCAGGAAACACGAGCCUUUACUUUUUUUUUGCUUUAAUGUCAAAACCAAAUCCUGCUUCAUGUUUUUUUUUAAACUGGAAAUGUUUGAUACAGUGGAUUAUUUACAUCACUGAUUUAACAUGUUUUAUACGUUGGUGCAAAUCCAGAUGAUUGUAUCUCUGUUUCUUCUUAUUUUACAAUAAAUCUAUGAAGAAAUUGUUGUGA